AUGGCUCUUUUGAAAGCAUUUCAAAAACAAUUAGAAAAGAAGUCAUGUCCCGUGUGUAGAAAUCUUGUUACACAAGGAUUGUAUCGAUCACAUUUGAAUCACUGCAAAUUACAACCCGACGAUGAUGAUUGCCAAAUCAUCGCUGAAGUCUGUGCAACGGACAGAAAACGAGAAGCUGCCGAGAGUUUAAAUAGCUCAGACAACAGUGAUGAUUUGUUCAGCAAUCUGGAUCACUAUAAGGUAGCAGAGGAGCAAGAUUCUAAAGAGAGGAAUUCUGGGAGUUUUCUUUCGGAUGUCAUCAACGUUGAAGAAGCUUCAACUAAUGAACAGAAGCAAUUGGCUACAGUUAUUGUGAAGGAAAAAAUGAAAGGCGAGAUGAUGAUUAAACCAAUUAGUAGAACACCUAGCAGUUUUACUAGAAAACGCACGAAAAAAAUCAAGAUUUCUUCAUCUGAAUCGAUAAAAACUUUGGAAGUCAUGGAGAAAGUUGAUUCUCAUCUUCUAAUAUCGUCGAUGCAAAGCAAAGGUGAAAUUUUACGAGCAAGCAAAGCAACAACUUCAGUGGCAUUGAAGGAGUGUUCUGAAAAUGAAAAAGAAGAGAGCAAGCAAGAUGAAACAAAAUAUUCGAAUAACAGGGAUUUUUUUAACAGCAAAGCUACAACCAGUCAUGAAAUUAAAGUAGAAACUCAAGUAGAGCAGCUGGAAAAUAUCAAAUCCUACCUCAACAUUUGUGAUUACAAUCUUGGAAAGAGUAGUCAGAUGCUGUCAAAUUGCAAAGACCUUGCGGCUGAAGGUACUCAAGUCGGUUCACCGUAUUACCUUACAUUAUUCCAUAAAAUAAUGAGACGGCAUGAUGUUAAACUUCAUAAGUACUUGAAAGCUUUGGUUAAUAUAGGAUAUUCAGGAGAACAAAUGAAAAUAGUGGCUGUUAUGGAAAUAAUGAAACCGGUUUUUUGUAAUGGAGGUCAGUAUGGUGAAGUGCAAUUCUGGGGUGAACGUUUGCAUUUGCUACAAAAAUUUGUAAUGCUAUCAGAUCAGAGUAAACAGUUGUUAAUUCGACUGUUUCUUCGCAAAAGAAAAUGGUUAAUAGCGAAUAAACUCUCAUACGCCAACAUCUCUUCCUCAUUGGAUCCAUUAUUUGAAGAAUUAUUGCAAGCUGAACUCAUUGAUUCAAGUCAGUCAUCAUUGCUAGAUCUUGAAGAAGCCGUUUAUCUCUUACAUGCUCCAUCGUUAAAAUCUCUUGCGAAGCAGUUCAGAUUAGAUUUCAACAAAGGCAAAAUUGAAAUUUGUCGUUCAUUAUUGAAAUUCGCUACACAGAAAAAUGUUUUCGGGAUCACUGUGGAGAAGCAAAUGUUGCAUAAAAUCAAAGAGGAACUUGGCCCUUGUUUUCGAAUUCGUAAAGAAACUGUGGACAUUUUUUCGGCGAUUUUUACAAUUUAUUCACCGAUGGAUAUGAAUUCCGCAUUACUUUUUGACCAACCUUCUAUUAACCUACCCUCGCAGUUAUUAUUUUCUUUGCUACAACUUGGUACCGACAAACUUCGUUUUCCCGCUCCAUAUAACCCCCGUUUGAUAAAUAUUUAUACGGACGCUGAAAAGCUUUUCAGAUAUAUCGAUGCAAAAGAAUUGGAAGCUGAAAUAGCUGAUCUAACACAACGUGGAAGAUGGGCUGAAAUAAUUGAUUGCGCAAAGAAAGCGCGGGUCGAAUUUCAAAAUGCAUUUACAGUACAGUGGCAAUUCUAUGAAUCUUUGAUUGUUGAUCUUCGGCGAUUCACUGAUCUUCAUAUAUAUGCGAGGUGUAUAUCACAUGGUGUUGAAGCACUGGAAAGAGUCAGAAAUUAUACAGAAGCUGUUGCUUGGUUGGAAUAUAUGUUGCAUGCUGUGGAAUUUAAACUUAUUCUUGCUAAUGCACGAGGUGGAUGGUGGGAUCGAUUAGCGCUAAAUUUAGAUGCACAUCUGAAAGAUAAAGAUAGAGCAAUGAAAGCUGUUAUUGCUGGUCUAGAAGAUCCUGUUUUGGGUGACAAAGAUCGUUUAUCGCUGCAAGAUAGAGGCCGUAAACUUUGUUUAGGGUGGAAAGGACCUCUGAAAGAGAUGGACCUUGAAAGAAUCAAAAUAAAGGGCUUUACAGUAGGUAAAAAUCUUGGCGAGGCACGAAUUAACAGAAAUGGAGUAUCUUGGGAAUGUAGCGUUGAAGAGGUGGCAUUGGAUUAUUAUUUGAGAAAAAAUGGUUUCAAAGAAGGAGUGCACGCGGAAGGUACGCUUUGGCACACCAUAUUUGGACUUUUAUUUUACGACAUUAUUUUCGAUCCAGCUGUUGAGAAUGUAUGGUUCAGCGAAACACAGAUGAAUCCUGCGGAUUUGAACAGCAGAACUUUCUACACCAAUCGCCAGGAUCUUUUCGAGUUACGUUUCAAAGAGAUUGAAGAAGCGAAUUUUGAUGAUUUGCUAUUAAAAAUGGAGAAAACAUACAAUGAUUACUACGGAGUAACCAAUUCAGAGGUCACAUGGGAUUGUUUCACUGAUUUUGCACAAGUCAAACGAUUUAUGAUUUGCUGUCCGAUAACUGCUCUUUGCGCUAGCAUUCGUCGUCUCAUUACCGAUUAUCGAAAUUGUCGAAGUGGAUUUCCUGAUUUAACUAUUUGGAAUGAUGAAAAGAAACUUCUCGCAGUUGUAGAAGUUAAAGGUCCUGGGGAUAAGUUGUCAACCAAGCAACGUUUAUGGCUGAAUUUUUUUAAAAAUCACAAUAUAACUGCUCAUGUUUGCUACGUUUCUGGUGAGGAUUAUUAUCGUUUACUACCUUGA